GCCUUUAGCCUGCUCUCUCCCAUGGGUGUGUCCCACAGUGUGGACUGUGUCACCAUUUCUGUGUUCUGUUUCUGUGAAGAUCUGGCAUGAGACACUGCCAUGGUCCUUGGAGCUGCUCUUUUUGGACUUGUGUUUUUAAUGGUUCAGAAGAUCUGGGCACAGCAUGGGCCACCACCCCAGUCGUCCAUCUGGGCAGUUCCAGGAGCUGUGGUUUCCAAAGGCAGUGCUGUGACCAUCUUCUGCAGGGUCCCUCCAGGAGUGACCACUGUGUGUCUAGCCCGUCUUCCACCCAGGACUGUGUGGUAUGAUGGUACCACACAGGGAGCCCAGGAGGUGUUUGAAUUCAGUCUGCAGAAUAUAACACAGAGUAAAGCUGGGGUUUACUUCUGUGCAUACUUUAAUGGAAGUCAAUGGUCACGAAAUAGUAAGAAUCUGGAACUGGUGAUGACAGGUGUUUACAAUGAGAAGCCAUUCCUUACUGCUGAUCCAGGACCUCAGGGAAUCUCAGAAAGAAAUGUGACUCUCCUCUGUCACACACAUCCUUCCCUUGACAUCUUCAUCCUCUGCAGAGGUGGAAAUGCCUCCUUUCCCCAGGGCUGCUCACGUCAGGACCACGGCACAUUCCUCAUCUCCCCUGGGAGCCCAGGGCACAGGAGGACCUACAGAUGCUUUGGCUCUCACAAACACAGUUCCUACUUGUGGUCACUGCCUAGUGAUCCCCUGGAGCUCUCAAUCACAGAAUCUUCUACAUUAGAUUGCAGAUUAGAGAAUCACAUCCGGCUCAUCCUGGCUAUCGUCAUCCUGUUAUGUCUUGGGUCUCUAUUGCUGGAUGCUUGCAACAGCAGAGGGAGCCCAUGAUGCCUUCAGAGAGUCCUAACCUGAGUGCCUAGCUACCCCUUCCUACACCUCAUCAAUGUUGGGAGGAGGGAGCCGCUUGUUGGUUCCCAGCCGCUUAGUCCUGAAAUAAUCACACAGAAACUGUAUUAAUUAAAUCACUGCUUGGCCCAUUA